AGGCCCGGGUCACCUUCAAUCUUUAUAAUCUUUAAGGUUGAGGAGAGUUUAGCUUUUGCUACACACUGCUCUGGCGAUCAGGUGUGUGUGCAGUUGUUUUUUUAUUAUUAUUAUUCCAAUGGCGUGUAUAGGGAACGGGGGCUGUGCGGUUUUGCUGUGUUUAGGACUUUUUGUAGCUGCCAGGUCAUUUUGCAAUUGCACGGAGCCGAUGAGCAUUCAAACAAAGAUCACGUCCCUCGUUAGGACGCCCAAAACAAGAGACACCUCGACAUUAAUUCAAGGUCAGCGGGAAGGAGAUGGUUCAACUGGUGUGCACCAUGGAAGGCUCUUGAUCGGACGCAAUUCUGUGCCAAGUGGCAAAUCCAAAGGGAUCAAGUCCUUAAAGAAUUUACUGGGUGUUCACUCGGAUUACCAAUCAGACAUGGGCUUAUUUGCAAAGGAUGGGAGCAGCCUCAAUUCUUUAAAGGGCAAGGCGAAGACUCCUCAAGACCAGACAGGGCAGCGGUGCAGCGACUUCUGCAGACAGAGCCAAAGGUUGAAUGUACAGGAGAGUCUAUGAGGCUUCAAGUCCAGGAUGCUGACUCCACGCCCGGCUCUCUGCUCUUUGUGGACAGGGGAAGUCGACUGUCUCCUCUGCCUAUAUCCAAGUUGCCAUCAAGUUGUGGUUAUACCUUGAGGUCAUCACGGAGGGAUUUGGUCUUAGUUGCACCUUAUGAUGGUUGUUUUGUCACUCUUGAGGAGGAUAGCUAUGUUCUCCCACUGCGUUGGUGGGGGUUACCAGUGAGGAUGUCAUGCCCUGUGAUAAAACAGCCCUCAUCUAACCCUCCCAUGGUCACCUGCCAUGCUGAGGGCAUGGUAGUGAAAAUAGAAUGGGCUGUCGCUGUCAAUAAAAUUAUGGUAAAACUGAAUGGCAUUUGGCAGUCACUGAUGAAGGUUUCGUCCAGAUGUGGGUUCAGUGUGGUUGUUCAUCCUGAAGGUGUUGUCAUCUCUGCUCGCUAUGCACCCUGUGUGGAAAUAAAGGAUGGAAUGUUCACCAUGGAGCUGGCUGGUGAAGGAGAAAUUAAAGUUUCCUGCCCAUCACUGCCACCACUUCAUCCUGCAAAAAGUCCAAACCAGCAAAUUGAAACACCGUUUCUUUACACACACAGCCCUCAUCUAGUUCCUUCAACCCAUGUUCCUCACCACAUGCCCAAGCUUCCUCCACACCCUGCUAUUCCGAUGGAUCCAGUUCAUUCUCAGCACCCUGAGAAGCUGACCCCAACUCAUGCACCAAAGAACAUCAGUCACCCUCCCCAGCAACCACAGGAGUUUUACUUCCCUUUUCAUCCCAAUCCAUUUCACCCUCAUCCUGUAAAACCAGGUGCUCCAACCAUGUCAGUACCAUCUCUCAUAACCCCUGCCCCCCCUGCAAUGCUUGAGCCUACUCCGGAGAGACAGAUACCACUGCCAUUGAAUCCUUUUCCAUUUUACCCCUGGCCAGCCCAAACAGAUGACCUGCAUGCUGGGAAAGAACCUGCUGUACAGCCUCAAGCCACCAAGCAUCCUAAGGGCCAAGAAGAGCCUUUGUACCCAUACCACUUCAAUGUUAAGCCAUCUAACCCUGACAUCCACCCUGGUUUUCCUGCCCAGAAUCCUGAAGUGCAGCCUUUGCCUACUACACAGCCUCCAGUUAUCCAACCUCCUAACAACCAAAUACAGCAGCCUUGCCCUCAUCCAUUUUAUUCUCAAGAGCAUGAAACUCUUCCUACACAAAAACCAGCCAAACCUUUUGAUUCAUACCCAUUUUAUCCUCUACCUUGGCCUCCUCAGAAACCUGCACAAUCUCCAGUAACCCAGUUUGGGGGUCAUGAACACGAAUUCCACCCAUUCAAACCUCAGCCACCUCCAGCUUCUGAAGCACCUCAAGGUCAAGUGCAACAUCCCCUCUACCCAUUGUAUCCUGAGCCAACUAAACCUGAAACCCCGGAAAAACCUUCACCUGGAGCCCAGGUACAGCACCCCUUACCCCCAUUCCCUUUCUACCCUCAGCCACCAAAGCAGCCCGCUUCUGAAGCACCUGAUGUGCCUUUCAACCCAAAUCCAUUUUACCCUCAAUCUUGGCCCAAAGGACCUUCUCAAAAACCAGUGCCACCUACACAGCAUUCCCCUAAUAAAAUUCCAUGUGACCAAGUGCAGAAACCUCUUCACCCACUGUAUCCUGAAGCAUUUAAACCUGAAGCCCCCAAAAAUCCUACACCUGGCAACCUUCCAGCUCCAGGGAGACAAGGGCAGUAUGCGGUCUACCCAUUUCCUUUCUAUACUCGGCCACCAAAGCCACCAGUGUCUGAGGCCCCAUUGGGUCAAGUGCAUCAUCCAUUCUACCCUUACCCUGUCUACCCUCACCCAGAGCUUGAAGCGCACUCAACUGAUAAGCCAGCCUCAGGUGCACAGUCUCCAAAUACUGAAGCCCCCAAUAGUCAAGCAUUUCAGCAUUUUUACCCUCAACCAUCCCAGAUACCAAAGUCUCCUGAAUUACCUAUCAAAAAGCCAGAUGCAGAGCCUCCAGCUACCAAUACUCCAAAGGGUCAGGUGCACCAGCCUUCUAAUCAAUAUUACUCUUAUCCCCAGCAGCCACAAAACCCCCAGCCUCUGUUAUCUCAUGGUCUCAAUCCUCAAAAACCACAACCAGUCACUCCAGCCAAUACUCAAAAACUCCAGGAGCCUGCUAAUCCACAACCCAGUAAUUCUGGUUUACUCCCACAUCCUCAACCAGGAACUCGAUACAUUCCACCCAUACAUUGCCCUCAGAUUUGCCCAUCAGGAUUUUCUAACUGCUGCCCACAAAUUGCUUUCCACCAACAUCAUCACCAUAUUGUUCCUGCUGGAUUUGAGGGUAAGGGUGUCCUUCCAGUGUACCCAGGACUUCCAUUCCUUCCUGCAUUUGGGUAUUCCAGUUUUGGUUAUGGCUUGGAAUCUGCUCCCCUUCCUCGUAAACCAGCUGAACCAACUAAAACAUCUGUGGGCACAUCUGCAACUUCUGUCCUUGAUGAUCAACAUUUUGGUGAGUAUCAGAACCAGAAUGCAGCUCAGUUGCCUCAAUUUGGAAGCCAAUCUAAACUGCAGCCAUAUUUCCAACCACCAGAUGGCCACCCUGCUGCACUACCUGGAGAGUUACCAGUGCACCCUCAUUUGGUGCCUUAUGAUUCGCAAUAUCUUAAGUGGCCGUACCAAGCACAAGAUGAGAAACCUCCAAAUUACCCACAAAGGCUAUCUUCACAUCACUCUGAUACUCCCUCUAAACCUCCAGUUGCAGGUGGUGAUCCAGUAAAAGCAUGGCAUGAUUAUGAGCCGUAUAAUAUACAACCCUCAAAACAGCAAUAUGGGCAGUUAUCCUCUGUUAUGAAUAAUCCCACUAAACCUGAACCUCACAUGAAGCCAAAUGUCAUGCCCUAUAUUGCACAAUAUUUGCAACAGCUGCAAGCUUCAGUGCCACAAAAUAAAAUGACAACCAAGGAGCUGCAACCACAUGGCAAAAAGUCCAGUGACUCUACAUCUCCAGUGCAUCCUCAAGACCAAAGUGAAUCCCUUAAUCCUUCAUUGAUCCCCUACUACAUGCUUCAAGACUCUCAAGUGCCUUUUUAUAACAAGUCAACAGGUGAACCUAACAGUUCCUCAAAACGUCAGUUAACUCUGAUUGACUCAAAGAAAUCCUCAAAACCUGAAGCUCAAAUGCACUCAUAUUUUGAACCAAAUGGUUAUGUAUUGCUUCAACAUGGCCCAUCAGGUAGAGAAUCCAGCAGUUUCCCUGACUCGCUUAAUGAUAGAAGUACAUUUCUGGAGCCCAAAACCAUACAGGAUCAUAGCAGUAAAACCCAACACCCUCAGGACUUAAAACAACCACAUGGAAAACCCCUGUAUGUCAAAAAGAUGGGCAAAGAAAUGUAUUAUCGCUCACCUGGUAGUCAUGACCAUAUACCAGGCCUCAUGGGUGACAAAUCAACUGAAGGUGUGCCAUUGUACAACUCUGCUCCCAAUGGCCAUCUUCCAGCAUCUUUACCACAUGAGCCCUUUAUCAGUCCAGCACACUUAAGGUCUAAAUUCCCCGAGUCAUCCAAAGACGUUUGGAAGCCUAUCACACCUUUGGGCUCUAACCACAGGAUUCCACCCCGUGAUCGUGGACAUUCAUCUCAAAACCAGGGCCUUGCUGCUCGCCAAGAAAAUGGUUUGUCAAAGGAACCCCUCCAGAGAGAAGGUGGUGGAUCUUAUACUGAAAAUAAAUAGAGUAACUGCUUGUA